AGCCAGUAGAAACAAAUCAAUCGAGUCUACGAAGAAUGAAUCAGCUCAACCCACUCGCUUCCACCCUCACUACCUACAUCACCUCUCUCCCCCUCUCCACACUCCUCACCUUCUUCGCCUCCGUCGCCACCUUCUCUCUCCUCCCGAUCAUCUUCCGCCGGCGAAACUGGCGAAAUGCGCCACCGGGUCCUAUCGGAUGGCCCUUGAUGGGGUACCUCCCCUACCUCACCGAGCGUCUCCACGAAGACCUCUACCACCUGGCUAAGACCCAUGGUCCACUCUUCAGCCUCCGCAUGGGCCAGAAGCCCGCCAUCGUCGUAUCCUCGCCGGACAUUACUCGCGAGAUACUCAAGCACCAGGACGCAACGUUCUCCAGCCGCACAAUCACCGAAGCUGUCCGCUGCGUCACGUACGAUGCCACCUCCCUAGUCUUUGUCCCCUACGGUGCACGGUGGAGGCUCCUCCGUAAGAUCCUCACUACAGAGAUCUUCUCUUCUCGUGCCAUGGAGCUCUUUCAACCAACUCGAAAACAACAGGUCCGAGGACUGCUUAAAACACUCUACGGGGCGUGGAAGUCAAACACACCUGCGAACAUCGCCGACUCGACGUUCGUCGUAUCAGCUAACCUCAUAAGCAACCUUGUCUGCUCCAAGAGUCUGUUCGAUAACACGAAGGAGGGGCGGGAGUUGAAGGAGAUGGUGUGGGAGAUACUGGAGGUGGUGGGUGCGCCCAAUUUGGCUGAUCUGAUUCCGCUCUUGAAGGUUUUGGACCCUCAGGGAUUGAAGAGGAGAGUAUGGAAGGUUGUGAAGAAGUUUGACGAUUUCUUCGAGAAGUUGAUCGGCGAAAGGUUGGAGGACAGGAAGAAGGGAGUGAAGACGAAUGAGAAUGGAAGGUUGGACAUGCUGGACGUGUUCUUGGAUUACAGGAGCGAGAAGAAGGAUGACGAGUUGAAGCAAUUCUCUCGGGUGGACAUCAAAGGGAUGCUCUCUGACAUGUUUGUGGCUGGCACUGAUACUUCAUCAAGCACAGUGGAAUGGGGGAUGACUGAAAUUCUGAAGAGACCAGAAAUCUAUAAGAAGAUAUUAGCAGAGAUUGAUGAAGUCGUCGGAAAGGAGCGAUUUGUGGAAGAAACCGAUAUCCCCAAGCUUACCUACUUCCAAGCUGCUGUAAAAGAAGUGUUCAGACUCCAUCCAGGAGUUCCACUCCUCAUCCCUCGCCGCACCAACGAAGCAACCGAAGUGUGUGGCUACCAUGUGCCCAAGCACGCCAUCGUCUUUGUAAACGUCUGGGGAAUGGCGAGGGACCCCAAAGUGUGGACAGAGCCUUACGAAUUCAGGCCAGAUAGGUUCCUUGGGUCGGACAAGGAUGUCAAGGGUCAAGAUUUCGACGUCUUGCCAUUUGGAACGGGAAGGCGAUCGUGCGUGGGUAUGCCGCUGGGUCACCGGAUGGUUCACUAUUCCUUGGCUUCAUUGCUCCAUGCUUUUGAAUGGGACUUCCCGGCUGAUAUUUUGGAAGACAUGACGGAGAAGGUCGGGAUUACACUACAGAAGGCCAAAGGCUUGAUUGGCGUUCCGAAACCUCGAUUAUCUGAAUCUGUGUUUCAGUAAUCAAUCCCUAGACCCUACGGUAUUCUACAGACUGCUCUUGCUAUAUAUGCAGAGAUACGUCGUAAUUUAUAUGAUGAUUAUGCAUCUUCUUUGCUAAUAUUAUAAGCACUUGUAGUUGAAGCCAGUUGCUAAUAAUAUUUCCUUGCGCCAUUUUUCUA